GUAUACAUCAUAUCCUCUAUAAUUUAAGAACUUCAAGUAGUUCCUGCAAUCUUAGCAUAUUUCAGGGCUUCUUGGUUAUUUCGAACGGCAUAUAAUUAACUAAUAAUACUGCUCAGCAGGACGAAAGUGCAUGACAUUUCAUGGUAAUGCGGAGUUCUAAUAUAAGCAACAUCUUUGUUGCUUUCGAUUACCAAUUUAUUAAAAAAAAUUCAGUAAUAUCAAGAGCGCUGCAAAAUAGUUGUAGUGAAGUCAUACAGAAUAAUGGCAGUGAACGUUUUUAAGUGAGACCCUGCCAUCAGGAUAUAUUGUUUCUCGUAUUUUUUUCACAUGACUAUUAUAUACUGUAUGACGUCAUAAGGAAUUGUGAGGGCGUCAUUUGAGGAGAUUUACAGAAGAUCCAAACCAGGGUUUUGAGGUCAGAGCGGCAAUGGCUGUGCAGCAGUUUUGCCUUCGAUGGAAUAAUCACCAGCCAAAUUUUAUCUCUGUUUUCACACAUCUACUAAGCACGGAAUCUCUGGUGGAUGUGACACUAGCUGCUGAGGGCAAGCAUCUCCAGGCUCACAGAGUAGUUCUCUCUGCUUGUAGCCCAUACUUUCAGAUGCUGUUUACAAUGAAUCCAUGCCAGCAUCCAAUUGUUAUUCUGAAAGAUGUUAAAUAUGAUGACUUGAAAAUAAUGGUAGAUUUUAUGUACUAUGGCGAAGUCAACAUCUCGCAUGAACAGUUGCCAGCAAUUUUGAAGACUGCGGAACUAUUGAAAGUCAAAGGCUUGGCAGAGAACUCGGAUCCAGGCUUGACCAAGCAGGCAAGUGGCUCAUCUGACCGUGCAGAGUUGUUGGCACCCGGAGAUUCUGCCUGGGACAGUGCAAGUCGCCGCAGCCCGUCACCUUUAUCAAUUGCAGCCAAGCGGAAAAGGCUGCGAAAGUCGUCUACAGGUUCAGGGUCUGGCUCCACAGAACGGGGUACCUCUGAGGAACUCCUGACUGGUGAAGUGACUUUAGUUCCUUCUCCAGCACUUGUAAAAACUGAAACUUCUGGCUUCCCAGUGGUGCAGUCAAGUGGAGGAGGCAGCACAGACGCAGAUAGUGGUGGCACAGGGCGCAGUGCUGAUAGCUCCCUACGCACUGGAGGGCAGGAACCUAGCACUGACUCGGAGCCACGGAAUGGAUCCCAUGAUAGCACUGAUGAUGAUCCAUUAUCCAUUCAUAUACCACCAGAAAGUGAAGGCAGCAAUCCUAAGGUGGAAUCCAAUGUGUCAGAGUACAGUCAAGGUGAAACUCAAAGCCAGCAGUCUCAUCAAAUGCACAUCUCUCCACAAGGAAAACCACCAUCAGCAAAACGUAAUAGGUGGCUGGUGCGACAGCCGCGUGUCAAGAAAGAGGGUGAUGCAGGUCAGGAGGAAGUUGAGCUUACUGCUCCUGCAGCUUUAUCACCAACCGUGCCCAGCCCUUCACCCCAAGUAACAGAGAUGCAAACCACAGUUGUGACACCAACCACCACUGUCCAGCCUCAGCAUUCACCGCCACAGCAGCUGCUUCUUGCGGUUCCACACCGUGUCGAACGGCAGAGCUCAGAACCUGGGCCUAGUCGCAGUUGCCAACUUCUGACAGUGCCGCAGACACCAACCUACUUGGUGAAGCAGCAUUCUGACCCACAGAUACAGAGUGUAGUAUCCACUCAUACGCCUCUGCUGACAAUUCAGCGUCAACUCUCGCAGCAGCAUCAGCAGCAACACCACUUGCAGCAGCAUCAACAACAACCACAGCAGCAGCAGCAGCAGCAGCAACAACAACAACAACAACAACAACAACAACAACAACAGCUGCCAGUUCUGCAGCAACAGCUUCCACCACCUCCUUUCCACGUGCAGCUCGUAACUGCACCAACACAGGAAUCACCAGCACGAGCACCAUCUCCCUCAGUGGUGGUAAUGGGAGGUCCAGCAACACAUCAGCAUUCACCUAUGUCUGUGGAGCAUCCUGCUGCAAGUACUGCUGCCAGCUCUGCCCCAUUAUCUCAGCAGGCCACACCCCAUCAGGAUGCUAAGAAUGCACCUACAGGACUGCGAGUCCGCACUGAUGAAUUGCGCAGAGCAUCUUCAUCACCACAGGCAUAUCAUGAACGUGCGACAGCUCCGCCUGGCAGCAAGAUUUUGCCUAAGACUGGUUCCAUAUAG